AGUUUUACUAUCACCAUAUAAAUACAGUUAUAAGGGUUGUUAGGGUUUGAUAAGAUAAGGCUUCUUUAACACAUGUACAUACGUUAUUUCAGGAGGACACCGAAUAUGAAGUAUUGACGUUUAACUGACAUGUGAAACUGAUAAUCCAGACAACGAAGAUACAGACUAAUCACUCAUAAUUUGUAGACAAAGGAACACUUACUAAGACCUAUAAUGGCGGAUACAGAAUAUUUGAUCAAUAAGAAUGAUUCCACAUCGGAGCCACGGGGACAUGAACCGUCAGUUUUUGACAGAAUAUUGCGACCAAUAUUAGCAGAAACAGUUGGUGUGACAUUGUUUGUAUUUGUGGGAUGUUGUUCACUGGUCAGUGGUCAGUUAGUUAAUGCAGCACUAGGACAUGGUUUAACUAUUGCGAUACUGAUUAUGGGGUUAGGAGAAAUAAGUGGUGGUCAUUUUAAUCCUGCAGUAACUUUAGGAGUGACGCUAGCCGGUGGUCUGCCCGUAUAUCUAGCCCCAGGUUACUUCGUUGGACAAAUAUUAGGCGGUAUUCUUGGGGCUUCGCUUGUUAGGGGAACUUUACCGAAGGUGGAAUAUUCUAAAAUAGGGGGUGGAGUUCAUCAUCUAAAUAAAUUUGAAGAUGUCGGGAUGAAAACUGUGGAGGAUGUCGAGCCUGGUUGGGGUCUACUUAUUGAAAUGGUGCUGACAACUGUGCUUGUGUUUACAGUGCUAAUGACAGCUGUCAAUGCUAGAACUAAAACAAAAUUGGCUCCUCUGGCUAUAGGAUUUGCUGUUGUUGUCGACAUUAUGGCUGGGGGCAUGCUGACGGUGCCUCUAUGAACCCAGCAAGAGCUCUCGGGCCGGCCAUCGUGGCAUCAGCCUGUUUUAAACAACGCCUGGACAUACCACUAUAUAUUACUGGAUAGGUCAA